AUGGCCGCCAGACCAAUCACGGUCCUCAUCUUCACAUUUCUCCUCUCCCUCCACACCGCAAGCCCGGCUCUCGUCGGGGAAGAGGAUGACCGCUCCGUGCUUUUAGUCUUCAAGGCCGGCGUGUCCGGCGACCCCAAGGGAGCGCUCGCUGGCUGGGGUUCGCCGGACGUAUGCAACUGGACCGGUGUCGCUUGCGACACGGAGCAUCAUGUUGUCAAGUUAAUACUAAGUGAACAAGAGCUCUCUGGCAAGGUCUCGUUCGCGCUUGGCAACCUCUCCCACCUCAGGACGCUCAACCUCUCUGGCAACCACUUCACUGGAAGCGUCCCGCCGGAGCUCGGCAACCUCUCCUACCUUAAGUUUCUGGACGUGUCCUCGAACACGCUCACCGGGACGGUUCCGCCGGAGCUUGGCAACCUCUCCUGCCUAAAGUUUCUCAACAUGUCGUCGAACAUGCUCACCCAGGCGGUCCCUCCGGAGCUCGGCAACCUAUCCCGCCUCAAGUUUCUAGACGUGUCGUCGAACACGCUCACCGGGAUGGUCGCACCGGAGCUCGGCAACCUCUCGAGACUCAGCAUCCUCGAUCUCUCCGAGAACGUCCUCUCCGGGGUGGUGCCGCAGGAGCUCGGGAAGCUUUCUCGGCUGACGCAACUCAGCCUCAACAGAAACCAGUUGGAGGGAUCGAUUCCGGUGGAGCUCUCGCGUAUUCAGCACUUGUUAUACCUCAAUCUCGGCGACAACAACCUCUCCGGGCAUAUCCCGUCUGCUAUCUUCUGCAACCUCUCUGCCUUGAACUACAUUGAUAUGUCGUCCAACUUUCUAGACGGCGAGAUCCCCAUCCGAGCGGAUUGCCCACUCCCCGAGCUGACGUCCCUUGUGUUGUGGUCCAACAAACUCAAUGGCAGCAUCCCCCGCUCGCUGUCAAACUCGACGAAGCUCCAAUGGCUGCUACUACAGACGAACUUCCUCACCGGCGAGCUGCCGUCGGAUGACAUGUUCAGCGGCAUGAGGAGCCUCGAGUAUUUGUACCUAUCGUCCAACUUCCUCGCGAACUCGCGGAACAAUACCAACCUUGAGCCGUUCUUCGCCUCACUUACCAACUGCACCGGCCUAAAGGAGCUCAGCAUCGCUAGGAAUAACAUUGCCGGCACGAUCCCACCUGUCAUCGGUCGCCUCUCUCCCGGCCUCAUGCAGCUCCACCUUCAACUUAAUAGAAUCUUUGGCCCGAUCCCGGCAAACAUCGCCAACCUCACUAACCUCAACACCCUCAACCUCUCACAUAACCUCCUCAACGGCUCCAUCCCACAGGGCAUCACCAACAUGCGGCAGCUCGAGCGGCUGCACCUCUCAAACAACCUGCUCUCCGGUGAUAUCCCGUCGUCCCUAGGCAUGAUCCCAUGGCUCGGGCACGUCAAUUUUUCGCAGAACCGGCUCACCGGCGCCAUUCCUCCGAGCAUAGUGCAGUGUGUGAUGAUGCAAAAUCUUGACCUCUCCUACAACAUGUUGCAAGGCCAGAUCCCAGCUGGCUUGUCUAGGCUGAGCGGACUGCUCAACCUCAACCUUGCCGGCAACCUGCUGUCUGGCGCGAUCCCCGUGACCCUGGGCGAGAUGGUUAGGCUGCAAUUGCUUAACCUGUCCUCAAACAAGCUCUCCGGCACGAUCCCGUCACAGCUCGGCAGCUGCAUCGAGCUCAAGUACCUCGACGUGUCCUGCAAUGGCCUCACGGGGACCCUCCCUCAAUCCUUGGAGAAGGUGGCGUCGCUGGUGCGUGUUAACUUUUCAUACAACGACUUCUCGGGCGAGGUGCCGAGCGGCGGGGCCUUUGCAGGGUUUCGGGCGGACGCGUUCCUCGGCAAUGACAGACUGUGUGCGGGGACAGCGUCGAUGACGCCUGGGUUGGCAAGGUGCAGCGGCGCGAAGCGCAACCAUCUCCAUAACCGGCAAGUGGUGUUGCUCGUCGUCGGCAUAGUCGCGAGCUUCACGAUGGCAAUCAUUGGGCUGGCCGUGUGCCGCGCCGUGGGACGAGACAGGCGGCGCUCACCGCUGCUACCAUGCGAACCCAACACGAGGGGGGACUACCCGAGGAUCUCUCAACGGGAGCUCUACGAGGCGACUGGCGGGUUCGAGCAGUCGAGGCUGAUCGGCGGGGGGCGGUUCGGGCGCGUGUACGAGGGGACGCUCCGUGACGGCACGCGUGUCGCCGUCAAGGUGCUCGACCCAAAGAACGGAGGCGGCGAGGUCUCCCGGAGCUUCAAGCGGGAGUGCGGUGUGCUGAGGCGGACGCGGCACAGGAACCUGGUGCGCGUGGUCACCACGUGCACCCAGCCGGACUUCCACGCCAUCGUGCUCCCGCUGAUGACAAAUGGUAGCCUCGAGAGCCACCUCUACCCGCGUGACGGCGGCCCCGGACGUGGCAUGGACCUCGCAUGGCUGGUUGCCAUCGCCGGCGACAUAGCCGAGGGGCUCACCUACCUGCAUCACUACGCACCCGUCCGCGUCGUACACUGCGACCUUAAGCCCAGCAACGUGCUCCUAGAUGACGACAUGAUGGCCGUCGUGGCCGACUUCGGCAUCGCGCGGCUGGUCAAGGACAUGGGGGACGACGACAACACAGGCUCUGCUGAUCCCUGCAACUCCACUGCCGGAUUGUUGCAAGGCUCCGUGGGCUACAUCGCACCAGAGUACGGACUAGGAGGCCAUCCUUCGACAGAAGGCGACGUGUACAGCUUUGGCGUGAUGCUACUAGAGAUGAUCACCCGGAAGCGCCCGACCGAUGUGCUCUUCCAAGAGGGGCUCACGUUGCAUGGCUGGGUGAGGCGGCACCACCCUCAUGACCUCACCGCCAUCAUCGCACGACCAUGGUUGGCGGCCACGGACGCGAUGUUGUCGGUGGCACAAGCGAACAACGUCGUCAUCGAGCUGAUGGACCUUGGGAUCGCGUGCACUCAGCACUCACCGCCGGCGCGGCCCACCAUGGUGGAUGUGUGCCGCGCGAUCGCCCUCCUCAAGGAUUCGUCUUCUUCCUGA